CUACGUAUGUAUAAUUGAUAGUACUAUCACAAUAAAUAAUAAGUAAAAUAGUCCUUUUUGCACAAAUUUUGAAACUUACGUUUGCCUGGAUACAUAAUUCAGAAAUGAUAAAGUCUUCCGAAGAUUCUCACCCAAAUUGUGCCCCGGGAACUAAUUCACUACCCGAAGUCUGUCCUGUUAUUGAAAUAUUACCUGAACAUGGAGGCCAGGAAUUUACAGGAUUUAAUCUCCCCGAGCACCCAAUCCAACCAAUUACUUUUGUCUCCACGGACAACUCAUUCCAUCCCAGGAAGGAAUCCAUACGUGUAAAACUCCCACUCGCCACGACUUGCGCCUUACCCAUCGUCGUAAUUAUUCUUGUCUGGAUAAUAUUUAAUUUACGAGGGAAACCCGAAAUACCUUUACUUUUACCCCAGGAAGAUACGGAGCUCCAAUGUUUUUCUCCAAAAUUGGCACCUAAUCUGGACUUUUCAUCGGGAAAGAAUGCCCCCAAAGUAAAGACCACGUCCGUCCGGUCGUUCCCAGACUUAUGCAAGAUAACCAAUCAAACAGAGCAAAUCACCCUGGACCCUUGCAACAUUUUGGUUAAAGAUUGGUCAGACUUUGACUGGAAGUGUCUUCCCCGAAUAGAAAAUGCUAACGGCUUGGAAAUUGACAUCCUCACCCUGCAAAGAGACUGGCAUUUUGCCCAUAGCACGUUAAACUGGUUGAGCUCGUCAAUUUCUAAAUUAACCGUUGACGCUAAGCAGUUUAAUUGUUCCAUGGAUACAAUUGAGGAUUAUGCGAAUAAUUAUAAUCAAAUCGUUCUUUCCGAAUUGGUUAGUCUCGACGUUAAAAAUAUUAGUGCAUGUUUCGUUACGAAAUUUGUGAGGGUUUUUGACUUCCCAAGCAUAGAAAGGGUAAAUAUUCAUGGGUCUGAUGAGAAGGAGGCGUAUCAUCGCACUCUCAUCACGAUAUUUAGCAAACAGUCGGAAAAGUUUGCAAGCGUAACCACAUUGUGUACCAACAAAUGUCGGUAAUAAAAUAUGGCGUAAAGUAUACGUUAUGUUUUUUUGUGCUUCCGGAAUCAAUACACAAUUUUUGCUAUCUUGUUUAAAACUGUUUGUGUUUCCGUGAACACUUCGCAAUAUCUAAUUAAAUAAGACGAGGAAGUAAAAAAAUAUGUAGUUGGGAUGGGUGGGAGAUAUAUGGAAGAGUCUAAUCAGCAAAAAUUAAAUAAAAUACGUAGAUAUUUAUACACA